AUGGGGUUGUGGGUGCUGGUGAUUUGCAUCCUUGCGACAACGUCCGCCUCGCAGGGCCAGUCUAUGACAGGUAUCCCCUCUUUUCCGUCUAUUCAGAUUUCGUGGCUUACAAUCGGCUAAAACCAGCGAGAUAAUACCUAUGUUAGCCGCUGCUUUUCUUGUUCGAGAAGUCCGAUUCCCAGAUAAACAGGUAGAAGAGACCAUUGUAGAAAUUUCUUGUCCGAAGGAAGAUCAUGGUAGAAAAAAUACUCGAAAGAAUUUAGAAUAUCUUGGUUGAAAUAGUCCAAAAACUUUAUACUCUUCGAAAGAAAAAUCUCCCGUUCGCUUUGAAGAUGCUUCUCAAAGGUCAGGUUCUUUUUCAGGUUUCAUUAGCAUAGACUGCGGCCUCGAAGGGGACUCUAAUUACACGGAUUCGGCCACGAAUAUCAUCUACUCACCGGACGCCCUCUACAUCGACACUGGGGAGAACAGAAGAGUCUCCCCAGAGACUAACGUUACCGGCUUUUUCGAAUUCUACAAAACCCUCCGGAGCUUCUCCAAAGGAAUGCGGAACUGCUACACGUUGCGGCCCCUGGUAAAGGGCCGCAAGUACCUGGUGAGGGCUGUAUUCCAGUACGGUAACUUCGACGGCCGAGAUUCCCCGCCAACAUUCGAUGUCUAUCUCGACGUCCACUUCUGGCAGACUGUGCCGCCAAAGAAGUUCUCCCGACUGGAGAUCAUCGCCAUUUCACCCGGUGAGUCCAUGCAGGUCUGCCUGGUCAACAAGGGUUUGGGGACGCCGUACAUAACGGUACUGGAGCUGAGAACCCUACUGGAUUCGAUCUACCCCCUGGUGAACACUUCUCAGGCUCUUGUUCUCCGGGGUGACAGGACGGAUCACGGAAUUAACGGCUCUAGGAGGUCAUGUUCGCUCCGUCCCCUCUCUCUUUCUUCCGGUAUACAUUCAUAUACGUAAAUAUAUACACAUAUAUGUAAGAUGCCUAUCUCUCACUUCAGAUUCUUGCUGUAGACAUAACGGAUAAAUUGAAAACGGCUGCUUUAUAAAUUUGAUUCACAGGUAUCCACAAGAUCCCUAUGAUCGUAUCUGGUUCGGCCUUUGGAAUAGCGAAGAUUGGCUGCCGAAGAGCACGAACGAGACAAUUGAACCCGGGACUAAAGACUUUAUGGUGCCGGGGAGCAUUCUGAGCACGGCAGUGACGACGCCGAAUGUCUCCGAGAGCAUAAACUUCACCGUGGCUGGGAUCCUUGGGGAGAAGAUAUACGUGUUUAUGUACUUCGCGGAGCUUCAGCAACUCGAAAGAAACGAGACGAGAGAGUUCAACGUCUAUGCAAACAAUUCCCUGUGGUUUCGGCAGUUUCGACCGAAGUACUUGUCAGCGGUUACUCUAUUUACCAACAGCCCAGGGGCCGGAGGGACGACCACCUACUCCCUCAAAGCCACCGGAAAUUCUACCCUACCACCCAUGAUCAACGCCUUCGAGUCUCAUAUCUUGGUACAGUUGAGCGCGUUGCCUACGCAGGAGAAUGACAGUGAGUGCCUCUACGUUCUCCAUGUCGCUGCAAGUUAGCUUACUUUACUGUGCUGUUUAGUGCGAGGAUAGAAACGGUACAUUACACCGACUCCUUGAUAAUCCUUAUCCUCGAUGAAAAUCAGAUAGAUUUGUCAAAAACUGAAUAAAUAGGGGGUUGGAUCUAACCUGAAUCAAAGAUUCUUAACCGGGCGGUUAGUUUAACAUAAUUUUGUACUAGUGCUGUCCGGAUCAUUGAUGAAAUGGUGUUGGGCGUAAUUAAUAUCACACCAGGCGAUGUCUAAAUUCAGUUUCCUUAUUCAGUUAUUUUUUUGUAUAUUCUCACUAGUACUCACUACAUGUUUUGGGCUACAGCCAAGGCUAUAACAAAGAUUAGAGAUUUUUACAAGCUGAAGAAGCACUGGGUAGGCGAUCCAUGCGAGCCCCAGAAUCUCACUUGGGAGGGCUUAAUUUGCAGUAAUGAUGACUCUCAAUACCAUAGGAUUGUGGCUUUGUAAGUUCCUUAUAUAAUGACUCUCAAAACCACAGGACUGAAUCACUUUGGAUAGUCUAAGGACAAGGUGAUGAUAUUUUCUUGCAGAAACCUGUCUCAUGCUGAGCUUGGUGGCGAAAUUUCUCCAUAUAUAUCUGAACUCAGCGCUCUAGUGUCGUUGUAAGUUUCUUCCAUAUUAGAGAGUACUUCCAUAUUACCAAGACAAAGGUAUGAAAUAUCAUGAAGAGCAUGGCAAGGCACUUCCUUAAGAAACUUAAAGUUGAUAAAUACUUAUCCAUGAGGCAGUUAAAAUAACUAUUUCAAACGGGGCGCUGUCACAGAUUGACCAGGUCACUAUGCUUAGUUUUUUUACGUAGAAGUGCCUUCAACUUUUAGUAGAACUGUAACCUUUUAGUAGAAGGAAUAAAAGCGACUUCAAUUUGAUAACAGGGUAGGCAGCACAGUGAUGAUUAUAGUUCAGAUGAGCGGAAGUGGAAUUUAUAAGAAUUUGAAAAGGAAAAGGAAAAGGAAUCCUAAGAACAGCUCUAUGAAGUAACAUAUAAGUUUUUCAAACGGGCAAUUUUAGUGUUUUUUCUAAUUAUUUUCUACAAGGUAAAUGAGUGCGAUAUCAAACGCCUGUGCAUGCUGCAUUUUCUAGCUAUAAUAACUGUAAUCCCGGGAAAGGAAAAGGGGAGGACUUAAAGGACAAGUCACUUUAAAUUGACUUACAUCUGUGAUUUUUUUAUUUCAGAGACUUGUCAAAUAACAACUUGACAGGUGAAAUUCCUAGCGAUCUGAUAAAGUUGUCGCAGCUUCAAGCCUUGUAAGUUUCUGGCAUUACCUUUUUAACUGGCAUCUUGAUAAUUUUUCACUAUUAUCUUAAACUUUUACAGGAACUUGUCAAAUAACAACUUAACUGGACAAGUACCCCCAAUUCUUGAAGAGAAAUCACAAAACAAGACUUUCUCUUUAAGGUUUGUACUUAUGUAAAUGAAAUUGUUUAGAAACCAUUUUGACUAUAGACAAAAUACUAUCAAUAUUACUCAAUGCAUUAGUUAAUUGAGUAUAAUAAAGUUUCAAAGUCUAUCAGGCUUAAUUUUUUGAUGUUCUUUUGAUAUUCAAGGUUUAAACUUUUGAACUAGCUUGUACCCUAGAAAAUACCCUUUGAUGAAACACAGAACACUGAGGAGAGACUGUAUUCGAAACAUGAUUGACCUGUUUUUUUAUAUACAUCAUUCUUUUCUAUAGAUGACUACGCAUCAGGUGAUGUUUAUAUGAUUUUUUACUCAUAAUUUACAUUAUAACAAACUUCUUUCUUAAAAUGCUAGGACUGAUGGCAACACAGAUCUAUGUACUAAAGUCCACCCGUGUGAAACAAAGGAAACAAAGGAAACAAAGAAAACAAAGAAGGUUAUUGUUCUAAUUGCAGUCCCUGUUGGAGCAAUUUUUGUUAUCCUCUUUGUUCUAGUUAUAUUGUUAUGGAGAAUUAGAAGGGGAAAAAAAACUAUCCAUGACGCUACACCAGAAGGUAUAUAACUCUUUUCCAUUGCCAUAUUUUAAGCAUGGAUAGUACUUAACAGUGUCGUAGCAUAUGCUACGUGCUAUUCUGACAUUUUAUUUUUGGACACUGGAAAUCUCGAGCACCAUUCCAGACCUUCAGUCGAGGAGACCACCAGAAAAUUUACAUUCAGAGAGUAACCAAUUCACAUUCGCAGAGAUUGUAGACAUCACUAAAAACUUUCAAAACCAGAUUGGGAAAGGUGGGUUUGGAAUAGUAUACCAUGGUUACUUAAGAAACGGAAUUGAAGCUGCAGUAAAGAUGCUAUCAAAAACAUCUUCCCAAGGGCCAAAAGAGUUUAAAGCCGAGGUAACUUCCUCAUACCUAAAUCACUGAUUCUCCAUUAAAUUUAUCUUAUAACGACUGACCUACUAUGUUUCUUCCUCGUGAAGACAUUAUUUUAACACAGCUUUAAGUUUUAAUUCAGGCUCAAAUAUUGACGAGAGUACACCACAAAAAUCUGGUGUCUUUAUUAGGAUACUGUAAUGAUCAGCAUAAUCUUGCACUAGUGUACGAAUUUAUGGUGCAGGGCAAUCUGAGAAAUCAUUUAUCAGGUUUCCCCAAUUUUACAAAAUUUCUGAGUGUCCUAUGCUAUCAUUCACUUCCUCAUACAUUGUCUACAUGAAUAUGCGUAGAUCAUACGAUUAAUCAUCUAAGCUGGAGCAAUAGAAUUAGAAUAGCACUUGAAGUUGCACAAGGUAUACUUAAAAAAAACUACAAAAUUUUGAUUUCAGUGUGUAUAUACUUUUUGUUCUUGUAUUAACACAAUUUUCAAAUCUCUAAUUCCAGGACUUGACUAUUUGCACAGCUUCUGCAAGCCACCUAUAGUUCAUAGAGAUGUGAAAAGUACAAAUAUUUUGUUGAAUAGUAAUAUGGAGGCAAAAUUGGCUGACUUUGGGCUGUCUAGGCUUUUCCAUGACGACUCAGCUUAUGUUUCAACUGUAGUUGCUGGCACUCCAGGAUAUCUUGACCCUGAGUAUGCUCUCAACUGAUUUUAGUUUUUUAAGAAAAAAUAAUUACUUUAUACAAUUCACAAAGGUUCUGUAUUGAUUGCACUAUUUUCUGCCACGUUCCAUUACAGGUAUUACCAAACAUCAAAGUUAAAUGAGAAGAGCGAUAUUUACAGUUUUGGUAUUGUUAUGCUAGAGCUUAUUACAGGGAAAUCGCCAAUUAUUGAUGGAUUGGAGAAAAUAUUUAUUGUCUCAUGGGUUCAGUCAAGAAUUGAAAAAGGUGAUAUAUUUCAAAUAGUAGAUCAAAGAUUGCAAGGGGAAUAUGAUAUUAACUCUGUAUGGAAAUAUAUUGAAAUUGCACUGUCAUGUGCAUCACAUUACUCUACCCAGAGACCAAGCAUGAGUGAUGUAGUGAUGAGGUUGAAGGAGUGUCAGUCCUCCAUUUCCUCAAACGAAAUACCCAGAAAUUAUGAGGAUUCAGCACAAAGUUCAGCUGCAAUGUUUCAUGAUUCCCUUUUUCAUGGCACAAAUCCGCUAGUAAGAUAG